UGCAAACCAAAGCUUUCAAUCUAGCUUUCGUAAGUCCUCUCCGCCACAUUCUUUUCACAACCCCACCAAAUCAUUUCACCCACUAUCUGCUUUUCUGAACUUACCCCCCCCCACCCCCACUCCUCUUCCCGCUAUACAUGUUGGUGUAUAUGUAUGUAUGUAGUAUGUAUCUCUCUCUAUCUACCCAACAAGAUUAGAUUUUUGUCUGGCCUUGUUUGAGGAAAUGUGUUGUUUUUCCUCGAUUUUCUCUCAGCCACACUAGCCCCCACUUCUUUCUUCUGCUUCUAAACUACUCCUUGAAAUAGUACACUUACUCUUGGUCCUUUGGUGGCCUCUUUCUGUAUUCUAUUCCAACUCUGCAUUGCCAUUGCCAUUGCCAUAUCUAUCUAUGCUCAUUGCCCUCUUUGGGUUCUCAAGGAAGAAGGAAGGGAGGGGGGUGGGGGGGUAGGUUUCUUUCUUGUUUCUUGAAUUUCAGAUCAGUAUAGAGAUUAUUGAUUCAUUAGCUGUUUCAAGAGAAGGAGGUUUUGUAUUCUAUAACAUUGUGCUCUAAGAAUGACUGUAAAUGAGGGCAAUUGACUAAACCUGAGAUCUGAAUUUUGAGGACGAAGAAUUUUCUUUCUCCUAUACAAUUUGCUAGAAAUGUCAACUGGGAGCUUAAAUGCUGAAUUGUCAGAGAAAACAUCAUUGUUUGGGAUGAAACUAUGGGUUGUGAUUGGUAUCUGUUUUGGUGUGUUCCUUGUUGGGAUUCUGUGUCUUUUGUCUGUAUGGGUCACAUUUCGGAGAAAAUCUAGGAAAACAGCUGAAAAGAAUUCACCUUGUGAAAUACCUAAUGUUUCCAAGGAAAUCAUGGUUGAUAGAGUUUGUGCUCCAAGUGAUAAUGAUCAUCCUGAAAGUUUGUUUCUAACCAUUCGUGAUAAAUCGAGUGAGAGGAAUUCAGAGAAAAUGGUAGUUCAUUUAGGCAAGAGUAAAUCAAGUGAGGCUGAUAUGAUUAGUCAAUGCAGCUCACUUUACAAUAAUGAAAUUGGAUGUAGUUCACUGUCGGGGGAGGAUGGUGGUUCUGGAAAUGUUCGGAAACAAUCUACACAUGGACUUUCUAUGGCGUCCCCUUUGAUUGGUUUGCCGGAGCUCUCACACCUUGGCUGGGGUCACUGGUUCACGCUUAGAGAUCUUGAGUUUGCAACAAAUAAUUUCUCGUCAGAGAAUGUGGUUGGAGAAGGUGGCUAUGGAGUUGUUUACAAAGCUACAUUGAUCAAUGGGACUGUGGUAGCAGUAAAGAAGCUCCUAAACAAUCUUGGCCAAGCAGAGAAAGAAUUCAGAUCUGAAGUGGAGGCAAUCGGCCAUGUUCGCCACAAAAAUCUUGUGCGCCUUCUUGGCUUUUGCAUAGAAGGCGUUCACAGGAUGCUGGUGUAUGAAUAUGUUAAUAAUGGCAAUUUGGAGCAGUGGCUUCAUGGUGCUAUGAGACAGCAUGGCGCACUUACUUGGGAAGCCCGUAUAAAGGUUCUUCUUGGUACUGCAAAGGCGCUUGCGUACCUACAUGAGGCUAUAGAACCAAAAGUUGUACACCGAGACAUAAAAUCCAGUAAUAUCCUGAUUGAUGAUCUGUUUAAUGCCAAAGUUUCUGACUUUGGACUGGCAAAACUCUUGGACUCUGAAGAAAGUCACAUAACAACGAGAGUAAUGGGCACCUUUGGUUAUGUGGCUCCAGAAUAUGCAAAUACUGGGUUGUUGAAUGAGAAGAGUGAUGUUUACAGUUUCGGUGUCUUGCUGCUUGAAACAGUCACGGGAAGAGACCCCGUUGAUUAUCACCGUCCUGCUAGUGAGGUCAAUCUUGUCGAGUGGCUCAAAGCGAUGGUUGUGAAUCGGAGAGCCGAGGAAGCUGUGGAUCCCGACCUUGAAGUCAAGCCCAGUACUCGUGUUUUGAAACGUGUACUUCUGGUGGCACUUAGAUGUGUUGAUGCUGACUCAAAACGGCGGCCUAAAAUGAGUCAUGUUGUUCAAAUGCUGGAUACCGACGAAUUCCUUCAUCGCGAGGACCGAAGAAAAAGUAGAACAGCAAGCAUGGAAAUUGAGCCCGUGAAGGAGAGUUGCAGUUCAGUUGAUGCAGAAAGCAGGGUAAAGCAAUCAGAUACAUCUGAGACAAUUCAUAAUAGGAACUGAGAAACACAUGACUCAAGUCUCUGGUGGAUAAAAUUCAGAUCUUCAAGUUUUGCUUCCUGGAACGAUUCCUGCGUGGCAGAGAGUAACUGAAUCGAUGAUAGCCCACUUUAAAUUCCCAUAUAUUGUCUCUUCUUUCAGUGACAUCUAGCGGGGGAGGGAGAGAUUGAUGGCGCAUAGAUAUGCUCUGAGGACCUCGUGCUAUCACUCGGCUAAGAAUGAUCAUCAUCAUUCUCUGUCGGUUUUCUAAAAUUUCUCUGAAUCACCAGUCCUUGAAUGCCAUUAGUUCUCAACAACUGGUUUCACCUUUUCUAUAAAGACUGCAGAUCCAUUAGCAUUUUGUUGGAACAGUUAUCAAAGAAUGAAAUAUGAUUCAUUUCCUGUGAAUUAUGACAUAUCAUUAUCUUACUUAGCCAUGUCUAUACCCUUUCUUGGGAUGAGUGGUGAGCUUAUAAUUGCACUCAAGGUGAGACAUAAAGAAAGAAACCUCCCUUUUCCUUUUCCUUUUUCUUUUCUUUUCUUGGGUUUUGGGUGUGGAGGGGACCUGAUAGGCUGAAAUGAUGAUUGAGAUGUUUCUGUUCAAGUCUUCAAGACCUUGUUGAUAAGUGGUUGAUAUUGUAAUUGUCUAUCCCAUGAGAAAAGGAACUCAUUUCUAUUCGUACUACCUUAUAAAGUUAUGUGCCAUUUAUAA